AUGGAUGAGGAGUCGAGAUCUUUUCUUCGGGAUUCAACACAACAGCACGAACCGAUGGAAACUAGUGAAUCCGCCCAAAUUGAGAAAUCGCCUGGCAACAAGUCGAAAGAAUUUAGGGAUGGUUCCGCGAGCCCCAAAGAGUCAAGUCCAAUGGAUAUUAGCCCAAAUGUCGGAACACUAAAUGACGAAAAUUCGAAAGAAGGACCUCCGAAAGGAGAAGCUUCGAAAGAAAGUAGCCCGACAAAUAUAACGCUGAAAAAGGAGAUCGAAGAUGAGGAAGAGGAUUUUGCUCUUGAAGACACGAAUCUUGGAACUGCAAUUGAUGCAAUGCUGAUGUCAUGGUGUCAAUUCAUUACGAAUAUGAAGUUCGUUUCUCCGGUUCCACCUUCGUGCACUCGCGAUCACGUGAAGGAGACAGCUGAAGUGUGGUCUAGAAAUUUUCGAGAUUCUUGUGCGGACACGUUUAAUGAAUUUUACCGUCUCGGAUUACAGUGGCAACUGGAGAACUUUGAAAAACAAGAGGCGAUGGAGGAAGAGGAUUUGGAUCGAGCGAUUGCUCGCCAGGAAGAGCUCAUCGAGAAAGUUGUGGAGAAUAUGAAGAACAAGGGCGAGGAGUUUUAUCGUCAAUUUCCGGAUGCUGGCAAAUAUUUCCAAACUUAA